ACUUGCAGGCUGCUGGCGGGUUGGGCCUGAAUCUAAUGAAUCUACAGGCACACACGCACACGCACGCACACACACACACGGUCUAAUCUCCAGGAGCAGAGCCGGAAACCUGACUGUGAAGAGCGGGGGGAAAGAAGUUCUGGUUCGGCUGCAGCUCUGCUCCUCCUCGGCUUCACCUCCCUCUCUCUCUCUCGCUGGUAGAAACACUGUGGGAUAAAGUGAUCGGAGUUGACAAGCCCGCUCCACUACUGUAUCUACUCCCCCUUCCUCCUCCUCCUCCUCCUCUCCCGCUCCACACAACCAGGAAAUCGUCGAGGUGUGCUGCUUCUUUAUCCCGCUGUUGGCCGCCCCGUCUGCGGGUGUAGAUGCGCUUUUCGCGUCGCCUUCCCCCCCCCUCCGGUUGUUUUUUCUCUUUUCGUCACCGUGCUGCUGUGACUUUUAAAGCCGGACCUCAGCUCUGAAGUCAGACUAACUUGCCGACGAGGAGAGGAGCUCCACUCCGGCCGAACAAUGAGUGAGUCGAGUAUUUGCCAGGCUCGGGCCACUGUGAUGAUCUAUGACGAUGGCAACAAGAAGUGGCUGCCGGCUGGUGCUGGAACCCAGACCUUCAGCAGAGUCCAGAUCUAUCACAACCCCUCUACCAAUGCCUUCAGGAUAGUGGGACGCAAGAUGCAGACUGACCAGCAGGUGGUUAUAAACUGUCCAAUCGUGAAAGGUCUCAAGUAUAACCAGGCCACACCCAACUUCCACCAGUGGCGGGAUGCCCGGCAGGUGUGGGGGCUCAACUUCGGCAGCAAGGAGGAUGCUACUCUAUUUGCCAACGGCAUGGCUCACGCUCUGGAGGUGCUCACCUCCAUGGCAGAUGCAGGCUAUGCAACCCUCCCCCGCCCACUGUCGAACGGUCCGUCUCCAGAAGAGCUUGAACAACAGCGGAGGUUGGAACAGCAGGAACGUGAGCGACAGGAGAGAGAACGACAGGAGCGGGAGCAGCAGGAAAGGGAGAGACUGGAGAGAGAAAGACAAGCGGCUGCAGUCCCUAUUCCUCCACCUCCACCUCCACCAUUGGCCCCUGGAGGCUCCAUUCCUCCACCGGCCCCACCUCCACCCCCUGGCCCCCCUCCGGCCACCGGUAUCCCUCCACCUCCGGGACCACCUCCGGGACCACCUACCUCAGGAGGACCCCCGCCAGCCCCACCCCUGCCUGCUCCAGGAGGAGGAGGAGGUGGUGGAGGUGGUGAAGUUGGUGGAGGCGCUGGAGGAUUGGCAGCUGCCCUUGCAGGAGCUAAACUCCGCAAAGUAUCUAAGCAGGAGGAUUCAGCCUCACUAGGCAGAGGUGACUCGACCCGCAGCAGCAGCAGCUCUGGUGGCGGGGGAGGCAGUCUGAUGGGUGAGAUGAGUGCCAUCUUGGCACGAAGGAGGAAAGCUACAGACACUGGAGAUAAGCCACCUGCGAAGACACAAGAUAAUGAUGAUUCAGAGCCUCAAGGUCAAAGCGACACCCUGAGAAGACCUUGGGAUAAAUCGUCUGUGAACAGGAAUAACUCCAUCACCAAGAUCACGGACUCCACUUCCUCAUUGUCCCCUGGUUCCAGGGUGAAGCCUGCAGGCAACAGUAAUGAUGCAGGCGGAAUGGAUGACUCAGAUUUAGAAAAAAUGAAACAGGAGAUCCUCGAGGAGGUGCGGAAAGAACUACAAAAAGUCAAGGAGGAAAUUAUUGGAGCCUUUGUUCAGGAGCUGCAAAAGAGAAGCACAUAGUUCUGCUGAGUGUCAGGUGUAACGGAGGGAUGUGAUAGAUGGAGGUGGCUGAGGCCUGUCGGGACCUCUCCUCCACUGCGCCCUCCCAUGUAGCCCAGGGAUUUCUCUUUUUCACCUACACACUUUCUCUUGUCUCUAUCUCUAUCUCUCUCUCACAUGAGCAUACUUGCUUAUGUGUCCAACAUGCAUAUUCACUUCAUGUAAAUGGUAAUCCAGGGAACCUCCUCACGUCGCCCUCCAGGCACUUUUGAUGAUCACUCAUGAGUCUUCAGCAGUGAUCCCCUCUCAUCUAUCCCAUCUCUUCCCUGCUCAUUCAUCCCGUCCCCUUGUGUCCUUUAUGUGCUCCGCUCAUCUGAACCAAUUUAGAGCACAUACCUGCAGCCAGUUUCUCUUCCAGUCCGUCAUCAUGUACACUCAUCAUAACCCUCUUCUGUGCAGAACUCCUGCUAAUUGUGUCCUCUCCCUUCUGCUAUCAGACGCACCAUUUACUGAUAGAGCAGUCUUCAGUAUUCAGGGACAACUUAUCAACCACAUUUUUACUGUAAUUAACAAAACGCUGACAUGCUGGGAGCCUUUUUUCUCUCUCUCGUUCUCAGUUGACAAAUUAUUGUUCAGUGUCAAACAAGCUCCUUCAUCCUCUAGCAGUGAACUGCCUCUGAUGGUGGUUAGAGGCUGAGUAAACGACAACAAUCGAGGACCGAUCAGACAGUCCACCUCCCUGACUACUGCAGUGACUCUCCAUCAAGUGGACUUUGAGCAGUGACUAAACUGAAACAGCACAACACCCGCCUUCGCUGCUGCAAGAUUAAGACGUUUGAGGAAGAGGAGACAAGCAGAGGGACCGUGACGGACAACCUGAGUGCUGUGAAAGAGGAGUGUGUUGUAGUUUUAUGAUGUGUGAGAAAUGUAUUCUCUUUGCAUUGCACUUGUUCCAGAGGAAGUGUGUCUGCGUGCUGCGCCGCCUUGACAGACUAUGCCCUCUCACUCAAAAUGAGAUAUUAUUUGUUGGCCGGUGUAGUGGCUCUACACUGUGCUCCCACUAGUCAUUUCCUUCCAUUCUAGCUAUUUCUAACUUUGAAACAUGAAAACAAUGGCCAUGAUGAGGUCAAUUAAUUUGGCCCUGACCAACUGCCUUGAGGAUAAAUAUAUAUUGAUAUUAUAUAUAUAUAUAUAAGGAAAAAUAUAUUUGUUUUGAGGGAAAAUGUUAGCAAAAAUGAAAUGGUGUUUCUAUUUUAAUUGAAGUGACUGGUGAAUGGGGAUUUUUUUUUCUUUUUUUUUUCAAUGAUUGUUUUCCUAUGAAAUGUUAUUUUGGGUUUACUGUUUCUUUUUUCUAAUAGAGUCUAGGCUUUUUACACUGAAAUGUUAAGAAAACAGCUUAGAGACACUGGAUUAGAAAUGCCUUUAUAGUCGAAUACAGCUGCUUCUUGAAAUGCA